AUGCCGCCGGAGCCGAUGUUUAUCUGCAUCCACGCGGCCUGCUAUCAGAUAAGCUCCACAUUAUCACCCGCGGGACCGGAGUUUCCAGUGUUCAUGCACACCAUCAUGCACGACGAAAAGGAUCAGAAGGCGCCUUACACCGAGGAGGUCCCCGUUGACACGGGCACCAUUGAAUGCCACGAUGAUUUGCAGGUUGGUCUGCAGCGCAAGCUCAAGCCACGUCACAUUCAGAUGAUUGCUCUUGGUGGCGUUAUCGGAACCGGUCUCUUCCUAGGUACGGCUAGCGAUCUCGAGAAUGGAGGUCCAGCCGGCCUGCUCAUUGCUUACUGCCUUAUGGCGUCAUUACUAUACGCCGUGAUGGUCGCUCUUGGAGAAAUGGUCUCGCAGUUCCCCAUACCUGGUGGUCAAUUUGCACUGGCUGGUCGCUUUGUCUCACCCGAAUUAGGGUUUGCUAUGGGUGUGGUGUACGUGUACAACUAUAUCGUCGUUCUUCCGGCGGAAAUCUCAGCCGCUGCGGUGCUUAUCACGUACUGGACGCCUGCUGGACAGACGGACUCAACGUGUACCACUGGUAUCUGUAACAAUGCAUUGUGGGUUGGUUUAAUGCUUCUCGUUGUGUGGUUGAUCAAUGCGGGUGGUACCAAAAUCUUCGGGGAGAUGGAGUUUUGGUUUUGUUCGAUCAAGGUCAUUACAAUUAUCGGCCUGAUCAUCACGGGCAUCAUUAUCUCCGCCGGAGGAGGUCCGAAUCACGAGGCCAUCGGAUUCAAGUUCUGGAAUGAAACAGGAGGUUUCGUGCAAUAUGCUGGAAUAGCUGGUGCCAAAGGGCGGUUUCUCGGUUUCUUUGCCGUGCUUAUCGAUGCCGCCUUUGCGUUCAUCGGAACGGAAAUCACUGCCAUUGCUGCUGCUGAGACUGCGUCUCCUGCUAAGAACGUUCCUCGCGCUAUUAAGAGUGUGUGGAUCAGACUGGUGUUGUUCUAUAUUUGCAGUGCCUUUCUGGUCGGCAUUCUCGUCUCCCCAUCAGACCCAUCCCUCAACCUUUCCUCUACCGCAGCCAAAAGUCCCUUCGUCAUUGCCAUCAAGAACGCCGGUAUCAACGUCCUCCCCUCCAUCAUCAACGCCGCCCUCCUGACCAGCGCCUGGUCCGCCGGCUGCGCCGAUCUCUUCGUUUCCUCAAGGGCAUUGUACGGACUUGCCGCGCGCGGGCAUGCGCCACGCCUCUUCCUCAAGACAAGAAAAGACGGACUGCCCUGGGUUUGCGUUGUGUUCUGUGGCUCAUUCUCUUUGCUGUCCUUUAUGGCUGCUAGCCAGGGCAAGGCGGGGACUGUUUUUGGUUACUUCUCCAAUAUGACCGCCAUCUGCGGAAUGAUCUCGUGGUCCGGUAUUCUCUGGACGAGCAUUCGCUGGCACAAGGGUCUCAAAGUGCAUGGCAUUGAUCGGAGUACGCUGCCGUAUCGGGCGCCCUUGCAGCCCUAUCUUUCUUAUUACGGAAUAUGUAUCUGCCUAAUGGUAAUUAUCUUUGGUGGAUUCACUGCAUUCAUCCACACCUUCGACGUCUCGUCAUUUAUAACGACCUACUUUCCCAUUCUGUUAUUCGCCGUGCUGUUCGUCGGAUACAAAGUCAAGUAUAAGGCUGGGAUUAUCCCGCUGGCUGAACUGGAUUUUGCGACGGGCUGUUCGGCGGUUGUGGAGGUUGAUGAGCAGACUAAAGGGAAGAGUAUGUGGCAGAAGAUAUCGGAGAGGAUUUGA